UAUCUACAUGCAGUAUCUAUACAGAAUGCCUAUAUACAGAUGAGGAGGAGCUUUAUAGAAAAUCAGUUGGAAAUGCUAACCUCUGUAGGUGUUCAGCAGGAGCUGAGCCUGUGCAAUGAGGCAGGAUAAAGCAGGAGAGUCUAUUUGAAAGUGCAGUAGUGGGAUUCAGUUGUACAGGCUGGCUGUUUCAGUGUGAAACAAAAGGUACCUGGGACCAGAACAGUGUGCGAAUGGGCUUGCAAUUGAAGAGCAACAGUUCUGUGUGUGAUAGAGAAGACUGGCUCUGGAAAGGUGUGGAGAACUAACACCAGAAAAAUAAGAAAAAUGGUGUUGCAGAGCUUUCUGAGCAGAAGCAAAUGCUUUAUCUGUUGAGGCCAGAGAAAAGGAUGUCAACAAUAAUUCAGGUGAGGAGAGCUUGAGUGAGAUUCCCAGUCACGUCAAUAAAUAAAGAUCAUGCCCUGGUUGAGUUUCCCACAGCAGUUCAGAGCAAUCAGCUCAAACAACACGUUCCUGGCUGUCAGAUUCUACCUGCUCCUUUGCACAGUGGACUGUAAAAUAGCUCAGUAGAAUAGUGGUUGGUUUACAGACAGAGGGUUUGUUUUACACAUGCUCACUGCCAGAACUUUAAAUUGCGAUGGAGACACCUGAAGGUUGAAGGGAGGCAGUAGUACCUGUAUUUGUGCUCAGGAUGUUGAGCUGGGAGCUAGAAAGGAAGGGAGGAGAGUCAGGGUCAGCACUCACCACUGCUCUUGCAGAAAAUGGGAGAAAACAUAGGGGAAGGUGCUGACAAGCCAAGCUGAAACUCACUGGAGAAGCAAUAGGUGAGAAUAACUGUACAGGCGAAGAUCAGACAUGAGCUGGCUAUGCUACAUGUGACUGAAGGCCAAAGAAGAGAUUGGUUUAAGACGGGUUGAGAACCUUUCUGAUGACAGGAGGAAGCAACAUGAAGUUUAAGGGCAUUUAGUGUAGAACCAGACAAGAGACAUGAUUGGAAGACUUGUAAAAGUAAGCUGACAGGAGGCACUUUCUACUGAAGGCUUGCAUUUGGCUUCUGUUGGCUUUUUCUUCUUAAUAUGUAAAAGAGACCAGCAUAUCUGUGUGGGUGCUGGGGGGUCAGAGCAAACCCAAUGACUAAAGCUGUGAACAAAUGGAAGAGUGGGUGUGAGAAAAAUCAGGAAAUGAAACUGAGUGAGGUUAAUAAGGCAAGUAAUGGAGUUACAGAUGGGUAGAUAAUAUUAUUGUUAUUGCCACUUAGAGAUUUGUAGAAAGGGGAAGCAUCAAGAAAGCAGUUUAAUUUUAACUUUAAAGAAAAUGGUGCAAUAGCAAGCAGAGGGGAGCAGAAAGAGAGGCUUGCCAAGGGUUAGUCAGCAGCAAUGCAAAGCUAGCUAGGAAUACAGGAAGGCAGAUGAGCUGCAGUAGAACUGCUUAGCUGUAAGAAGGCAGAAAUGGAAGAGUGAGCUGGCUUGCAGGAGAGGAAGUUUGCUUGAUGACAGGGUUUCCGCCAGAGACACUUCGCACUGCAAAAGCAAGGAUGGAUGAAGCAAGUGCUGAAGUCUAGCAGACAUUAGUUUAUCCUCCUGUUGCAAUGUUGGACUACAAAGCUCUGAAGCAAUAUUUCUCCUUCAGAAGUUACUUAUCUGUUGUUACUUGACCGCAAAUGCACCUGCAGCCACAGCCUUUCACUGUUGUUAUAUUCCACACCAGCUAAAAAUAAGUGAGGCAACCAAGGCUGGUUAAACAGCUUAACAGGGUUUAUAAUGUAUUCAGAUUCCAUACUGGACAAGGUAUCCCUGUGGAAGAAACACCAAGUGCCUGUAUCAGUGAACAAAGUCUGCAUCUGAAUUACUCCAUCUUGUGCACUCAGGACCUUUAAUUUGUUUUUUUAAGUGCUUCCGCACUGAAAAAUGAGAAUGGGAACUACAGAGCUAACUAAUACAGAAUAAACCUCCUAUCGCUUUUGUGGCAUGGGGGUGACCCUCUCUGCUCUUACACAGUGAAACUCCAAAUCUCCUGCCCUGGUAUCGUUGCAGUGUGAAAGGGGCACACAAUGUCCAAUGUAGAAGCCGAGAUGCAGAUGUUAAUGCCCGAACCUCAGAUUUUUGUGGAAAGAACUCUGGCUGUCAUCAAACCAGAUGUUGCUCAUAAAGAAGAAGAAAUAGAGGAUCUCAUUCUCAGGUCGGGAUUCAUGAUCCUUCAGAAACGGAAGCUGCAGUUAAGCCCAGAGCAAUGUAGCAACUUUUAUGCAGACCAAUAUGGAAAAAUGUUUUUUCCUAAUUUAACAGCCUAUAUGAGUUCUGGACCAAUAGUUGCUAUGGUUCUUGCCAGAUAUCGUGCAGUCUCGUACUGGAAAGAACUGCUUGGACCAUCAAACAGCAUAAGAGCUAAGAUAACUCACCCUCACAGCUUAAGAGCAAUCUAUGGGACUGAUGACCUGAGGAAUGGGCUUCAUGGCAGUCGCAGCAUUUCCACAGCAGAAAGAGAAAUCAGAUUCAUGUUUCCAGAAGUGAUCAUGGAGCCAAUUCCAGCUGGACAGAGAGCCAGGGAUUACUUGAACUUCUAUGUGAAGCCCACAUUACUAGCUGGGCUCACUGCAUUGUGUAAAGAGAAGCCAGCAGACCCAAUGAUCUGGCUUGCUGACUGGCUGAUUGAACACAAUCCUAACAAACCCAGGCUGCAGCAUUAUGGCACUGAGAAGAAGCAUCAGGGGUGAGAGCUCAGUGGAAACCACCUUAAGCAUUCCAAGUUCCAGAUCUAUAUUAUAAUUGUCAGUGUAUCCCUUGGCUAUGUAAUCAAUAUUAUCUGAAGUUAAAUGUUACUGUCAUAACUACUCAUGUCUUCAUGGAAUAAAUAACCUUACACUUAA